AUGUCUACUGUAAACGCUCUCAAGACCAUCUCGCGCUUUGCGCUUCGAAAGGCGCAAGUACCUUCGACCUCUCUACAUCUCCUUACUAAGGCUGCUUUCUUCCACAGAAAGGCCCCCUACAAUGCACGUUUUACAGAGGAGACUGUUGCGAUUCAUCGAAUCGAACUAAUCGAUGACAAGACCGCAACUUUAAUCCACCAACCCAACAGAGAGGGAAAACCAGACGAAGUCACCCUCAGGCUGGCCAACCAGUCAGUCAUUGACCAGUCGACUGACUGGUUGGCCAGCCUGGUCACCCUGAAGAUCGCAAUCCUUCUUCACGAACUUGGGGACACUCUCGUCAAGAAGCACGCUCUCUGCCCUCACAGAACAGAUGGAAAGUGCUGCGAGGCAGUCUUGGAAACCGCCUUCAAGAUCCGCACAGCAGCAGAGGAGCUGAUCACUGGCCACGAUACAACUGCCGAGGAGAGUGGUUCGAGCUCUGACGAGGAUUAG